AUGACCAAGAUUGCCGCCAUCCUCCUUGUAGGCCGGGCCGCAGCCGCCAGCAUUCAGCCAUCCCCAAGGGCAGCCCAGACCUGCUAUGACACCGAGACGGCGGCACUCCUGUGCUACACCGCACCUGACAACACCCCCCAGAACGUCACUGUCGCCGAUGUGACGUACGUGGCAGCGUAUCUCCGCUCCUACGGCCAAGAGACCUGGGCCGGUCGCCUGUUCACCAUGGCCGCUGCCGAUACGCCGAAUUGCGACGAGUGGACGCUGUAUGCACGGAACAGCGUCACAGCUCUCGCCAAGCACAUCGACAACAAGGUCGACUCGUCGGUUCUCUUUGAGGACAUCGCGAACACGAUUGAUGGCGGCCCGUCGGCCACGGAUGCGCAGAAGCAAGCCGCCAUUAUCGGCUGCCUGUCCAACGGUGGAUCGCUGGGUGUCGUGUUCAACGCGACGAACCCGGCGUAUACUUCUACCACUUACACAGCGGAGGGCUACACCCCUGACGGCAUCAUGGUCAAGAUUGUCAACUCGGGGGCCUAG